CGAGCGAGAAAGAAACAGAGCCAGCCUAUCUCCCCUAGCUCCGCUCCUCCGUCAAAUUCGCCGACGAUAUCGACCGGAUCCGCCGCCUCUCUCUCCCUCUCUGAAAUCUACCUGGUGGGUUUCAAAGAAGCUCUGAAUCAGAUGGAGUGGAAUGUAAACAAUGCAUUCAAAACCUACAAAGAAUUGGAACCGAAAGCCAUGAUGGAUAUGACAAUUGUUCCACACCCUGAUCCCAUUGACAUCGGAUUAGGCUCUUCUGAAAAGGCAAAUACUGCUCCCCCUAAACGCAAGAAGACGAUGACAUCGGUUUAUCUUAAAUAUUUCGAGACUGCGCCAGACAGCAAAACUCGGAAAUGCAAAUUCUGCGGACAAAGCUAUUCGAUUGCGACAGCCACUGGUACUGUCAUAUCUUCUAAAGUGUUUCAGUCUCCAUUCUCAUUUCUUAAGCUUGGUAAUCUUGGAAGGCAUCUGAAUAAUCGACAUCCAGGCUAUGAUAAGGCUGCAGCAGACGCUGUCACCAGCUCAGUAGUACCACAGACACCACCGGUUGUUGUAAAACCGUCGCAGCCCCAGGUGAAAGCACCACUGCAGCUCGAUUAUGAUCACCUUAACUGGCUAGUUCUCAAGUGGCUCGCCUUGUCAUCGCUUCCUCCUUCUACCGUAGACGAGAGAUGGUUGGGAAACUCCUUCAAGUUUCUUAACCCAGCCGUCCAGUUAUGGUCGGCUGAAAAAUACAAAGCCGUACUCCAUGAGGUUUUCAGAAGCAUGCAGGGAGAUGUGAAGACUUCGUUGGAACACAUUCAUUCUAAAGUCUCGGUCACAUUAAGUUUCUGGAGCUCAUUUGAAAACAUUUUCUAUAUGAGCGUAACGGGCCAAUGGAUUGACGAAAACUGGUGCUCUCAUAGAUUGCUGCUCGACAUUUGCCGGAUUCCUUAUCCCUCUGGAGGCUCUGAGAUCUAUAGCUCCCUUUCAAAAGUCCUCAAGAUAUAUGCAGUUGAAGACAGGGUUCUAUGUUGUACACAUGACAACAGCGAAAACGCUGUUCUCGCCUGUCAUAGCCUGAAGGAGUACCUGGAUGGUCAAAAGGCCUUUCCUUUCUGCUACAUUCCAUGUGCUGCUCAAACUCUGAACGAUAUCAUAGAUGACGGGUUAGCUACUAUAAAGCCUAUCAUCUCAAAGAUCAGAGAAUUCACUCGGGAGUUAAACGCCUCCGUGGAGCUAUCAGGUGACUUCAUUCAGCUGACAACGGCUUAUCAAGAAGGCAACUGGAAACUCCCGAUCGAUGCUUCGUCUCGUUGGAGUGGCAAUUACCAGAUGCUCAACAUCUUGUGCAAGGCUGGCAAGUCCUUGGACUCGGUGAUUAGGAAAAACGAGGAUGCUCUCGAGAACAGAUUGAUGUUGAGUUCCGCGGAGAAGAACGCUGUGACCAUUGUCCACAAUUACUUGGAUUUGGAUUCGUUUCACAAAACGACUAACGAUAUGUGCACCAACAAGGAUCUCACCGUCGGUCUAGCUCUGCUCUUCAUGGAUAAUAUAUCCGAGAUGAUCACGACUUGCCAGAAAUCGUGCCACAACCCAGACUGGCUAAGAGCCUGUGCUGAAAACAUGUCCCAGAAGGCAAGAAGCUACAACACUCAGGUUUGUAACGUAUUCACUUACAUCACAGCCAUUCUUGACCCGCGCAUCAAAACAGAGUACAUUCCAGAGACGAUCAACCUCGAGAGCUAUAUAGACGAAGCGAGAGCCCAUUUCAUCCGUAACUAUUCUUCUCCUCAUUUCACAUCUUCUCUGACCAGCGGGUACCGUCCUCAAGACAUUGACGAAGGAGGUGGAGGAGGAGGAGGAAUUAUCUCAUUUGCAGAGGAAAUCGCUAGAAGGAAAAGAAGGGGAAGUAUGAGUAACAGUGUUGCUGAUGAACUGACUCAAUACUUGUCAGAGUCCAUAGUACCGAUGCAGACCUAUGUGUUGGAUUGGUGGAAGGUAAACAGCGGAAGAUACCCUCGACUUUCCCACAUGGCUCGGGAUUUCCUCGCGGUGCAGGCGACUUCCGCUGCACCGGAAGAGAUAUUUUGCAGUAAAGGUGAAGAGAUUGAUAAGCAAAAGUAUUGCAUGCCGCAUGAUAGCACACGAUCUGUUCUUUGUAUCAGAUCAUGGAUUGAAGCUGGUUUGAAACUCAAGUUCAAGACAACUGAGAUCGACUAUGAGCGGUUAAUGGAGUUAGCUGCCACCGUGGCCGCCGAUAGCUCUGCCGGAGGUCUAGACAAUAAUCAACACAAGUAGUGAGAUUGUUUUAAACUGUUUGUAAUGAAGAGAUAAACUGUAAUUUUUAGUUGUGUAUGUAAUUUUGCUUAGUGGUGGAGAUUUUGUAAAGACCAGUUUAUGUAUCACUUCUUAGGAUGAUCAAGCAUUGUUGAAGAGUUGGGUUAGUGAAAACCAAGCUUGUUAAUUGUUGUUACCGUAUGAUUUGUUAAAGAAACAGAAGAAAACAGGGAAAAAAAAUGUAAUAGGGC